UACUCGACUUUGCCUCGCCGGGAAUUAUGGAAGCGCGCGUGACGAAGGAAGCCAUUGAAGUGAUCGCUCAGAGCAUCGGAAUCUCCAAUCUUUCGCCGGAUGUCUCCGUCGCCCUUGCUCCCGAUGUCGAAUAUCGCGUCCGUGAGGUCAUGCAGGAAGCUAUUAAGUGCAUGCGCCAUGCUCGCCGGACCAUUUUGAUGGCCGAUGAUGUCGAUUAUGCUCUUCGUUUUCGGAAUCUGGAGCCAACUUGUGGCUCAUCGAAUAGUGUCAAGUUCAAGAGAGCUCCGGAUCAUAGUGAUUUGUUCUACAUCGAUGACAAGGAUGUGGAAUUCAAACAUGUCAUUGAAGCUCCUCUACCGAAUGCACCUCCCGAUACUUCUAUUAACGUUCAUUGGCUCGCUGUUGAAGGCAUUCAACCUUCGAUUCCCCAAAAUUCUUCCCCCGAAGCAACCUCUGAUGGAAAACGGAUAGAGUAUAAGGAUGAUGGGCUACCUGUUAGGCAUGUGCUCUCUAGAGAGCUUCAGCUUUACUUUGAAAAAAUCACUGAGUGGACUCUCACUAGAUCUGGCUCCAACCUCUUCAGGCAAGCAGUCAGCAGCUUGGGAACCGACUCCGGACUCCACCCUUUGGUCCCUUACUUCACUUGCUUCAUAGCUGAGGAGAUCACAAGGAACAUGGAUAACGGUCCAGUUCUGUUGGCUUUGAUGCGCGUUGCUAGAAGCCUCCUUCAGAAUCCUCAUGUACAUAUAGAACCAUAUCUGCAUCAAUUGAUGCCGUCUAUCAUUACUUGCCUUAUUGCCAAGCACUUGGGGAGCAGGUUAUCCGACAAUCACUGGGACCUCAGAAACUUCACAGCCAAUACUCUUGCACUAAUAUGCAAAAGGUUUGGACAUGUUUAUCAUGAUUUGCAGCCACGUGUGAUUAGGACACUGCUUCAUGCAUUUUUGGACCCAACAAAGUCGCUACCACAGCACUAUGGGGCAAUUCAAGGGCUGGCAGGCCUUGGACCUAACGUGGUGGGACUAGUUAUACUCCCAAACCUUGAGCUGUACUUGCAAUAUCUUACACCUGCAAUGUCGCUCGAGAGGCAAAAGGAUCAAGAGAAGAGGCGUGAAGCUUGGUUCGUGUAUGGUGCAUUGAUGGUUGCUGCAGGCGGGUGCAUGUACGAACGGGUUAAAGCGUUACCCGAGUUGGUGUCUCCUCCAACCCGAGGUGUCUGGAAGGGGCAGGACAGUAAACUCGGGAAUUCAAGGCAAAGUAAACAGAAAGCAAGUAGAGACAACUUAACACAACAACCGCCGCUGAAGAAGAUAGCUUCGGAUGGUACAAUGGGUGUGAAGCAAAUGCAGAUGCAAAUGCAGAUGCAGAAUCCUCAACAGGUACCAACUGGAAACAUGUCUGGAAGGGACAGUACUCGGAAAGAGUACACUGAGGUAGGCCGACACCUCCCGGCCUCUCUGUCUGAGCAUUUUGGAGAGAGCAUUUCUACCUUCACCCCAAAACAUGAGCUCUUCUUCUUCUUGUGAUUUGAUUUCACACAUGCAAAUCAAGUGUUUUGGUUCGGUUUGGCUUAGAUAUUUAUAAAAUUAUUGAUCGGUUAAGAAAACGGAAUAACCGUUCUUUUUC